GGUAGAGAGUUAUUUAGCAUAGUAGUAUUAUUAUUUCCACUUUCUCUCAAUGUUACUCGAGCUCUUCAAAAGCUCAGCUCUUGAGUCUGAGCUCCCUAAUGGAAGAAAAAACUUCCCUUUCUAGACCAGUCCUAUGUUAUCACUAUCUGAUUCUCAUCUUUUUCUUUUGUAUUAUUAUAUCUCCAUCUCCUUCUUGUGGGGGCCUCUCUUUUGGGUUCUACACAGCUUCAUGUCCUACGGCCGAGUUUAUGGUCAGAAACACUGUCAGAACAGCCUCUUCCAGAGACCCAACUAUCCCAGGAAAACUCCUUCGUUUGCUCUUCCAUGACUGUUUUGUGGAGGGCUGUGAUGCAUCAGUGCUGCUACAAGGAAAUGAGACAGAACGAAGUGAUCCAGCAAACACGUCUCUUGAUGGGUUUUCAGUGAUAGAUUCAGCUAAAAGGGUGCUUGAAAGUUUUUGUCCAGGGACAGUUUCUUGUGCUGAUAUCUUGGCUUUGGCUGCUAGAGAUGCCGUUGAAUUUACCGGCGGACCAGUUGUUGAGAUUCCAACUGGUAGAAGAGAUGGAAAGGUUUCUGCAGCUUCAAAUGUCCGACCUAACAUCAUUGAUACAAGUUUUACAAUGGAUGAAAUGACUAAGCUAUUCAUCUCUAAAGGGUUGUCCUUGGAUGACCUUGUCACCCUUUCAGGGGCUCACACCAUAGGACGAGCACACUGCGGCGCAUUCAGUGGCCGGUUUCGACAAGACUCGAAAGGGAAACUUACACUCAUCGACACAUCACUCGACGCUGCAUACGCAGAUGAGCUCAUGAAGAAAUGCCCGGCCAACGCCAACCCUUCUACGGCGGUCAACAAUGAUCCAGAAACAUCCUUUGUGUUUGACAAUCAAUAUUACAAAAAUCUUUUGAGAAAGAAAGGGCUAUUCCAAUCAGACUCUGUCUUGUUUGGUGAUGCCAGAACGAUCAAACGAGUUGAGAGCUUUGCAAAUGACCAAUUUAGUUUCUUUGAGAGUUGGAGUCAGUCGUUUUUGAAGCUCACUAGUGUUGGAGUCAAAACAAAUGGGGUAGGGGAAAUUAGAGCAUUAUGUUCAUCUACUAAUAAUGUUUGAUAAUGAUGAUUAAUAAAGAUCUUAAGCACUAAGAGCCCCAUGUUUGGUUGAUGGACAUUGAUUGUUGCCCUAUUUCUAUUGUCAAAUAAGAACAAUGUAUAAAAUGAAGGUAAGGUCAGUAGCAUAUUCUUUUAUAUUAA